ACAACUGUGGCUUGCUUCGAUUCUUCUGACCUCGGGGAAUUCAUGACUGCCAAUACAGGACUGCGGUAUUCGUGGUAUACGUUGGCAGAAUACAGUUUUUACCAACGGUGCACACGGGUUCUACCGCACGAGUUUAUGCAAAUAUAAUGCUUGUCCCUAGAUGAAGUGAUUCGAAUAAAAAUUGGUGGAAUACAAUCAAAUUAGUGAUACAUACAACAUAUUUCCGCGAACUUUUGGUUGUGGGUAAUUGGGCACAAAAAAGCGGAAAAGUAGUGCCAGCAAAAAAAUAUCAUGCAAUUACGUUUUAACAGUGAACAUUUGCGAAACUAACCGCGAGGGCAAUCAAAAAACAAUGUUUACAAAUUGGCUAGCGCCACCCACAACGACCCUACCACCAGAUACAAUCAUUGAGGUUGGUCCACCUCCAUUCACCCGCUAUGCUGCUCACAGUGCACUGGUUUCCGCUCACAGUGGUUAUCUGCGAGCGGCCUUACGCUCCGAUAGACAAACGGUUAACGCAGACACCAUUCCAAUCUACAUUCCCAAUGUGACUACGGAACAAUUCACCCCCUUGCUCACCUAUAUGUACACCGGAUUUUUGGAUUUGAAUAUAGAAAACAUUUUCGGUGUCCUGCUGGCUACGCACAUUCUUCACAUGCCACGAGCACUAGAGUUAUGCAGAGGGUUUCUUUCCGCCACCCAAACGGAGCACUAUUAUGGUGGAUUGGGCGGUAUAUCCGCUGCAACUGAAACCGGUGGACACAGUGUAUCAAAAAUUAAACCGGAAUCCGAAACCAGCAAAGUGGUACGACCAAUUGCUAGCAAAGCAACUGGAAUAGGACUCAAUUUUAUUGCACCGCCAACGUCGCACAUAUCUUUACCGAGUACUCAUACUCCCUUCAAAAGUCUUUUAACGGUUAGCCAAUCACCAACUGUAACAACUGAAAACGUCGAAAAUUCAUCGCCUCCACCCGGUAGAACUUCAUCAACCGAUGCAGAAGCCCAUAAUUCGUGUGCUAAUAAGCUGACAAAUUUAAAUACAACAGAAGAAUCACAACCCUUAAAGGAGAUCCAACAAAAACGACAGUCUAAAUCUUUGAAACGUGGUGCUUCAAAAUCAGAUUCAAUAGUAACGACAGUAGUAAAAGACUCAAACACUGGUGACAAAGGAGUCAUCAUCGACAUCGCAAGUUGUGAUGGUCCUGUUCGAUUCCGUCGCGUACUCAAUGACAGUUACGGUACGAACAGUACCAGCAAUAUAAUCAACAUACCAGAUGAAUCAAAAGGGCACUUGCGCUACGUGAGUUCAUCUUUCCAUCAACAGAUGGUGCGCAACAUCAAUGAAAGGAAACAGAAUAUGGCAACAGGCGAAAGCUACGGUUGCAGUAGCAACAAGGACGAAAACAGCCAAGACAACAACCAGUCGCAAAGUGUAGCGAUAGAUGCAAUUGUAGCACCGGCAACCGUCGGUGAGCAGGUAUACAAUUGUGUGUAUUGUAAGCAUACCUUCAAAUCACAAUACUGCUAUCAAAAACAUGCAAAACGUCAUUUGAUUCCAUUGAGCAUGGACACUGGGAGUAACGUAUCAGUUCCAGUGGUAGAUCAUGUAUCUUCUGGUACCAAGGAGAAGGAAUCUACUGUUGCUCGAUACAGGAAAUCAACUAAUCAUAGCAGCAGUACUACCAAGCGCGAAGUCAAGCCACUGGACAUGAACGUACAGUAUUAUCCAUGUAAAACAUGCGGAAGUAAAUUUCCUAGUUAUUAUUUUGUGCACAAGCAUCGCAAGAUGUGCCAUGCUGACGAGGAGAUAUUGUAAAAAGCUACCGGCAUACGAUGAUGCUAGAUGAUACACGAAUACAGGGUACACAUAAAAUCAAAAUUAUACCACACUGAAGUAUUG